AUGCGGCUCGCUUUGGGAAGCCUCUUGGCCCAGGCGCUGGCGCUCGGCCCGGACUCGGAGGGUUGCGACUCGGAGUUCUGGAUCUGGAGCAGGGGCAUCCUGGCAGGCCCAUCUUUGCCUGGGGAGGAGGAUCUGGGCGCCGUGCUGCGGCGGGAAGCCGAGGUUGCGAGCUCAGAUAACGCCGGCUGCCGCCCCGGACGCUUCACCCUCUCCGUCUGGCAACUCGUGCACUCCAAUGCCACGGUUCGUGCCUGGCACUUGAGGAAGAAGUUCGGGGUGGAGCUGGUGGAGCUGCCCUGGGCGCCGCUGCGCGCCUGGCGCGCCUUCCGGGCCUUGGCGGAGCUGCGGCGCCGCGCCCUGCAGGAUCCGAAGCAUCUUCAUCCCAGACUCGACAGUAGUGGCGAGCCGCCGGAGAAGCUGGUGUCGGCCGUCGAGCCUGGAGGUCGGCUGGCCGGGCUGCUGCCCUGGGCGGCUCAAGCCCUCUCCGCCGAUCGGGCCGAGGCGCCGGAAUCUCCCGCGGUGGCCGCUGCUCUCUGGAUCUUGGCGUCCAAGGGCACCCCGCAGGAGGCUGAGGAGCUGCUGGCGGAGGGCGAGCAGCACGCCAAGACUUGGGCGCUCAGCAAGGCGUGGCCUCUGCACCACUUUUUGCUGGAGCGCUGGCCCUUGCUGGAGCUCCUGCGGCACCUGGAGGACGCACCUGUGGUCUACAAGACCCUUGCAGGCGGAGACCCGAGGGAGCCUCAGUGCAGGGCCAAAGAGCCCUAUGCGCCCUCGGUGCUCAGCGCAGGUUUGGAGAGCCAACGCGUCGAGGCGGUGGUGGUCUACGGGAGGAAGGACCGGGUGGAGAUCCUCUGCAGGUACUUGGUCCGGAAUCUUCGGAUCAACGGAGGAGUCAUAGACAAGGUGCACUUCGUGGUGCACGCGGCAAUGAGGGAAGACAUGGACUACCUGCAGGAGUUGAUCUCCGCACACGCCCCGCACUUCGCCUACCCAGCAGUCACCGGCAGGCGGCUGGCCAAGUUCUAUUCCGUGUGCACCGAUCCCGAGACGAUCUACCUGAAGAUGGAUGACGACAUGGUGUACCUGGCCGAUGAGGCGGUGCCGGAGAUGGUCCGCGAGAGGAUGCGGAACCGCUGCGGCUUGGUGUCCGCCAACGUGAUCAACCACGCCAUCCUGUCCGCGGUUCACCAGGAGACAUCGGGGCCGUGCGCAACUUCUUCCCCUUGA